AUGGGUCCGACACACGACCGCAACAUGAUCGAAAACCAAUCUCGAUGGGCAAGACUGAGGAGUGGCUCCUCCCGCCGGUCAAAAGUCGUCAUUGGCGCCCUGCUCAUCUUCAUUUUGUCCGCGAUAUUUGUCCUACAACCAGACUGGCGCGUCGCCAGCUCCGGGCUACCGGUGCCUAACUUACACCGACCUACACCAGACUCUUCACCGAAGGCGCCGGCAGGGAGCGGUGGUGGCGGUAGCGGCGCCGGCUCACACACCGCUAGUUUGACACCCGAUGCUGACGGAGUUCUGCUGUCCGCGGGGACCCCCAUCUUCACAUCCCCGAGCGGUCGUUACGCUCUUAGUCUGCAAGAUGAUGGCGAUCUGGUUCUCAACAGGGUUGAUGACGACGGCAGCUCUCAUCCCGUUUGGUGGACCGCGACGGGUGAUAUGCACAAGGGUGGUCGCACAGUCGUUGUUGAGAACAACAAGGGCCACGUGCGAAUCGUAUUGAACGCCAUGUUGAAGAAUACUUGGACGACGGUUUGGCAUAGCGACCUGGAACCGGCCUGCAAGAAGACGAAGGGAGGUAUCCUAGGACGUAGCGAGGACGACGAGUCGCAAACGAAGGCCAUGUCGAAGAGAAGCUCAGGCCAACUUGAGCUGUCGGAUACAGGGAGACUCGCGAUUCCCGGGCUAUGCGACUUGUACGUGCCACCAAGUGAGCGCGAAAAGGAGCGCAGCCUGGCCGUCAUCAUUGCUGGGCUGUACAGAACCAACCACGUAACCUGCAAGACGCACAUGUCGGAGCUCAUCGCCGACCAUCCGGCUUUUGAGAGGAUCGACGUGUUCGCCUACAUGCUCUACGAGCCGGGCGACGUAGACGUGUUCAAGCGAACCAAGGAGUCCAUAGAAGCGGGGCUACGGGAGUGUUAUGGCUCCCACUUGCGAUCGGUCGAUGUUUUGCCGGUGAGCGAGACCGAAGCGGAAUAUCCUGGCGGCAAGGAAGCGAUGGCGGCGACGCCGUGUGGCGACAGGCUGGGCAGGUUGAAUAAUCAACUGAGAACCGUAUCGUUGGCGGCACAACGGUGGUGGGCUUGGAGCAUCGCCAACGGAUAUACUCACGAUACAGUACUGCGGAUUCGGCCAGAUACGUCGUUGUGGGCGAGACCCCAAUUCAAGACGUUGGAGGAGCUAGGGCCGAACACACUCAUUCUGCCACACCCACGGGGCGAACACUACUUCUACUGUGCCCGUAUGAGCGGACGUGUCGGCGUUGGACCAACCGACCAAAUCGCGUACGGAAGCGCAGCGGCCAUGGGCCACUGGCUGUACAUGUACGACCGAUUCCAACAGAUGGUCGACCUCGCAGCGAAUCCCUCUCGGCCGGCACUCCGUGACUUCUCCGGAUGCGAGGAGAUGCCCUCGGGGCCACUGGCAAGCGAUUGCCCAAGGCCGGCGCCGUGCUCGAUUGAGUGUCUGGUGGCAUGGUUUUUGGAGGCCCGCGGUGUGGACUUCCACGUCGAAUGGGGAUGGGAGCAGAAUCCCUUGAGGUGGAAGGAUAUUGGACAGCUAGGCGCAGAAGAAGAGAGGCUGGCCGACCAUGACGACGCGGACGAUGGGAUGACCUGGGGAUGA